AUGAUGAAGAUCGCGCUGGAGGCCCGCAUUCCGUGGUCGCUAGCACCAGAACAAGAAUCCCUUGCCUACAAGAGAACCCAUGCAGAUAUCGCACCUAAGGAUACCUCCGAAGAAGAAGCUCCUAAGAUUAUAAUCCUGAGGAAUUUCAGGAUAGGUCUAAGGUUAUACAUGCAGUGCAUCGAGGAAGAAGUUCCGCUACAUGUAAUGGACUCCUGCACCCAGUGGCUGGAUGUUGCCAGAAAUCACCAAAACUUUACUCUUGGUAGAUUUUUUUAUAUACCAUUAAGUCUAGAAUUUUCCUCUCUGUCUGAAUACUGGAAGUCAAAUCCUAGGAAGUUUUGUGAUUUCUGUAAAUGCUGGAUAGCAGACAACAAGCCUAGCAUCGAAUUCCACGAGAGGGGAAAACGUCACAAAGAAAAUGUGCAGAUACGGCUGGCAGAGAUGGGAAAGAAGGGACGGGAGGAUUUUGAGGCCAAGCAAAAUGAAGCUGACUUUCUCAAAUCAAUGGAAGAGGCAGCAUUAAAGGCAUACAAAAGCGACAUUGAGCAGAAUCCCGACAUGACAGGAUCCAAAAUAAGCGAAAUUGCCGCAGCUAGUAAUGCAGAAAUUGUCAUCAAGAAUAAAAAGACAGAAUCAAAAACCAGCAGUAGCAGUAAAAAAGAAUCAUCUGUAAUCAAGAACUGGUAUGAAGCGAAGUCGCCAGAAGGUUACACUUAUUACUGGCACAUUGGAACAGGUGAAUCAAAAUGGGAGACUCCAGAUGAAGGUUACUUAUCCAUAGAAGAACAGGAAAAAUUGAGCACCAAGAGUAGCAAAGGAUCAGAGAACACUACAGCAGCCUCUGCCUCUCUUCCUUGCGGUCCAGUCCAGAAAGCAGAAGCCUUUAGCUCGUGGAAAAAAGUUGAAAAGGAACCAGCCAAGCAGAUUGACUACCAGUUGCCAGAGCUCCCUGAAAAUGAGUACUAUGGUCCAGAGCUGUCCUUCAAGCAACAGGAGUCUACUUUUAAGGUGAAGACAGUGACUCUCUCAGCAAAGGACAGAAGCAGUGGAGAAAGUGUAGGAUUCAAGAAGAGAAGAGCAGCCAACGACAUGAAAAAGAACAUGAGACGGAGAACAGAGGAUUUAUAGUUGUUUCCUCCUCUUUUGUCUUUUUCUUUUCUUUCUUUGUCUCCUUUAUUUUAGUGAUUUUAUUUCCAUCCUAUUUGCUCUUUUUUUAUUGUCCUUCUUUCAUGCCUAUAUAUAAUUUUCCAUUUUCCCCUAUAGUAUAUUCUCUCUUAUUCCUUUUCUUUCUCUGUUUCUCUCUGAAUCUUUCUUUUAGUAAACUAUCCUAUUAUGUGAUGGUUAAAGAGACACACAUUGUAAUUUUGAAUAAAAGCCUUGUUGAUA